GUGGGCAGCCGAGGUGGGGCGUGCCUACCGGAUCAGGUGCGGUAAUGUGAAGCGGGCGGUCACGUGACGCGAGCGGCAGUAGCCUGGGCGGCCGCGCUGGAAUCAACAGCUCGGAGGCAGUUUACAGGGGAAGCUUGCGUCUGCCAUGCUGGCUGGAUUCUGGGCAUCUGAGGGCAGCACGUGAAGAUGAUGACAGAGUGCGGCUGGGCACCUGUGACCUUCUGGGAGCUUCCGAUUUUCACCUGGCAAAACCCAAAAACUCCUCAAAGGACGGAGAGAAUGCUGCUGUGGAUGCUGCUGUGCGGGACGGCGCUGCUGGGCCUUGGAGAAGCUCAGAGCACAACGUCAACCCCAUCAACUGCAACGACCACCAACCAGACAAGUAGCAGCACAGUUGCGCCCGUCAAUAUCGCUGCCAUUGUUGCCCCCAGUGUGAUUGGUGGCUGCCUGCUAAUUUUGGUCAUCUUUUUGAUCGUCUUCUUUAAAGUGCGUGACAAACGACGGCUCGAGGGAACGUAUCGGCCCAGAGAGGAGGAGACGGAGGGGACGCAAAAACAGCCGCCAAGCAACUUGAAACUGCCACCGGAGGAGCGCCUCAUUUAGGGACUUGAGUAGUGGGACACCUGCGGUGGCACUGCCACUCUAAGUGACUGCGAGAGACGCCACCCGGAGGCCAAGCUGAUGACGUGCUUCCCGUCAGUCGGUGGGGUGGUGCUUUGGUUCCAAUGUCCAGGGUGUAGGAAGGAGGAAUCCCACCGCUGGCACCAUGUGGAUGGCAGGCAGAGAAGCUCUGCUUUUACCCAUUGGAUUGCGGGCUUUCAUUUUUACGAUGGCCCCUCUGGAGUGGCGUGUGACCACUCGGAACUGCAGUUGCCUUUUUUAAGAAUUGUUCGGCCUGAGCCUGCGCCACACACAGAUGUAAGACUUGCACCUCUUUAAAUCAAGGUUUUUAAUAAAUUCCACAUUUUUAAUAUUUUUUCUUAAUUUUCAAGUGUAAAAGGCUGCCCUGAUCAGUUAGUUGUAGUUUGUCAUUGGGGGGGUCUGCAUGUUCUUCAUGGCAUGCGGCUGGUGGCCAUAUGGUGACAGGCCAGCAUUUUACAGUAUUGACUGCGUUGCCACCAUUAAUCGCGGGCUGCCACUAGGGGGCUCUUAUGCCUUUGUAAAAGUGGGUGUGCGGUGCCCCCUGCUGUUCACUGCCUGUAACUGGGCAGCUUGUGGAGUGACCUGAGCAGACUGGACAGCUGGACUGCAAAACUCAAACAGCAAAGGAGGAGAAGCGGCAGCCCAUUCUCUAUCCACGUCUACUGCUAUUGGAGCGAUUUGGGCUUCUCGGCUGUCAAAAGACUGAGGCGGGCGGCUUACCUGCCUGUCUGACCCGCUGUCUGUCUGUCUGUCAGACUGAGCUUCACCUGGACUCCCAUGAUGUUCUGCAGCGCUGUGUGCCACUCUUAGGGUCUUCCGCAGCUUCUGCCCCGCCUUUUUGAGCUCUGUAUGGCUCCUGGGCGGUGCUUCACUUGCCCCACCCACUUUUAAUCUCCACCCACGCCAGCUCUUCUGGAGGCUCAGCAGGUGGCACUUUCACUGUUCACAAGUGGCAUCUUUUGUCUCACCUGGGCACACACCUCCCUUAACUUUCUGGGUUAGUUUUCACUUUUUAAAAUUUCACCUGUGGUCUUGGCUCGUGACUGGGUUUUAAAAAUGUAUUGUGGUGGUCUUGUGGGCCCCUGUGUUCACCCCUGAGCCGUUGACUACCUGUCUUCACAUCUGUCACAUUUGUCUUGUCUAGGUGUCCACUGAAUCGGGAUGUGGCACACUUGAAUGUCAUGUGGGAGUCCAGUGUGUCCCCCGUGCUUUCAAGGACGUCCCCUUGUUGUUGUCUUGUGACAGUAUGGCAAGGCGCUACAUCAAAGGGGGGGGUCACUUUGCCUCCGGUUGUGUCCUCGUUGGUGUUAAAUUGCUGUGAAGAGUAUGAGAGAGCAGAGAGAAUUCCAUGACACUCGAUCCCCUCCGUUUGUAUUUGUGAACGAAGCCAAAGUGUUUGUUACCUGCCGUCUGCUUCUGCUUUUAAUUGUGACAAUAAACUUGAACUGAAUGA